CAAAUGCUUGUCCGUCCACUCGUCCAUGCACAGUGGCAAGAAACAGCUACCCUGCGCAGAUUUAUUCAGCUUCCAAGAUGUACAAGGAAUUUGACUUCUGGAGCUAAUGGAUCUGCGGAAAAGAGACCGUCAGCGAAGGCAACUUCCGAUGAGUUGACAACGACGUUACCGUUUCUGCAGCGCCCGCUCGGUGUGAAGGAGAGACCUUCGCCUGUCCUGAAAACAUGGGCGGACACCAGGGAGGAGCUGAUGAAUCAGGAGACGCGCUUGGCACAAAGAGAGCACCUGGUGAAAGAAGCCACGAAGGGCUAUUUUACUGACCUCAAUGCAACAAGGAGGCACGGUGGCAAAACGUGGAUAGCACCUAAUGUGAUGAUCCGUGAGGACAAAGCACUUUAUUUCCCAAACAUCGUCGGGUCAAGCCUGGAUACGAAAUCUAAGAAACAUACCACCAGCAUGUGUGAAGGUCGUAUCUCCGUUAUAUCUAUGUUGUCCACAAGGAUGUCAGAAAUACACGUGAAUGGCUUCACGAUACCAACAAAUGAAAGGUAUCUCUCGAACUCGCUGUACCAAUAUGUGCAGAUAAACUUGCAAGAAAACCUUCUGAAGUCCUUUCUCGUAUCGCUAUUUCUAUCAUCAAUAGCCAAGUCGGUCCCCCCAGAGCUACACUCGACAUACUUAGUAUCCAGUCAGAACAUGGAGUUCGUGCGCGAGCACCUUGGUAUGGUGAACAAACACGUCGGGUACGUCUACCUUGUGGAUGACAACCUCAAGGUUAGGUGGGCUGGCUGUGCAGAUGCCAAGGUAGAGGAAACAAAUGCACUUGAGCAAUGUACGGGAGUACUGUUAAGCAGGCUAGACAAAAAAAGAUCUGCCAAAGCUUCACGAUAGUUCCACGAUAGUACUACCCAAGCAAAUCGUGUCAAGUACCUAUUCGUUAUUUAAAUUAGUAAUAGUAACAGCAUGGCAGACUUUCUACAAGCUAGAAAGUUGUUUGUCCGUGUUGGCUACGUGUCGU